CGGGCCCCCCAUGGCCCGGGCCGCAGCUCCCCCGCUGUCCAGGUCGUCGCCGACGCCGCCGCUGCUGCUGCUGCUGCUGCUGCUCCGAGAAACCGGUGCCCAGGAUGUGGGCGUUCUCGUGCCGCCAGAGGUUCGGGGCCACCUGGGGAGCACCGUGGAGCUUCCCUGCCAUCUGCUGCCCCCAGCUCCUGAAGUACGAGUCUCGCAGGUGAUGUGGCUACGCCAGGACGUGGGCGAGAGCAACCAGAACGUGGCCAUUUUCAACCCUCACUAUGGACCCAGCUUCCCCAGCCAGAAGCCUGGCAAAGAGCGGCUGUCCUUCGUCACCGCCGGCCAGAGCUCUGGGGCUGGGCAAGGCUCGGAGAUGGUACUGCGGGAUGCCACGCUGGCCCUCCGGGGGCUGACUGUGGAAGACGAGGGCAACUAUACCUGCGAGUUUGUCACCUUCCCCCAGGGCACCAGUCGUGGGAUGACCUGGCUCAGAGCCAUAGCCGAGCCCCAGAACCACGCUGAAAAACAGGAGGUCACCCUCAGCCUGGAGCCUGUGCCCGUGGCCCGUUGUGUCUCCAAAGGGGGCCGCCCACCUGCACGAAUCUCCUGGUUAUCGCCCCUGGAUGGCGAGGCUAGAGAGAGCCAGGAGCAGGGGCCCCUGCCUGGCACGGUCACUGUCACCAGCCGCUUCACCUUGGUGCCCCUGGGCCGAGCAGAUGGUGUCAAGGUCACCUGCAAAGUGGAACACGAGAGCUUGAAGGAGCCGGCCCUGCUGCCCGUCACCCUCUCGGUGCGCUACCCCCCUGAGGUCUCCAUCUCUGGCUAUGAUGACAACUGGUACCUUGGCCGAAAUGAGGCCACACUGAACUGUGAGGUCCGCAGCAACCCUGAGCCCACGGGCUUUGACUGGAGCACGACUUCAGGCGUCUUCCCAGCCUCAGCUGUAGCCCGCGGCCCCCAGCUGGUCAUCCACUCGGUGGACAAGCUGGUCAACACCACCUUCAUCUGCACAGUCACCAAUGCCAUGGGUUCAGGCCACGCUGAGCAGGUUGUCCUUGUUCGAGACACCCCCAACACGGCAGGUGCAGGGGCCACGGGUGGCAUCAUUGGAGGCAUCAUCGCCGCCAUCAUUGCUACCGCUGUGGCUGCCACAGGCAUCCUCAUCUGCCGGCAGCAACAGAAGGAGCAGACACUGCAGGGAGCAGAGGAGGAGGAUGACCUGGAGGGACCUCCGUCGUACAAGCCCCCGACCCCCAAGGCAAAGCUGGAGGAGCCAGAGAUGCCCUCCCAGCUCUUCACUCUGGGAGCCUCAGAGCACAGCCCACUCAAGACCCCCUACUUUGAUGCUGGCAUCUCAUGUGCUGAGCAGGAAAUGCCUCGAUAUCAUGAGCUGCCCACCUUGGAAGAGAGAUCGGGGCCCCUACUCCUGGGGGCCACAAGCCUGGGGUCCCCCAUCCUGGUGCCUCCAGGGCCAUCGGCUGUGGAGGGGGUUUCCCUCAACCUGGAGGAUGAGGAGGAAGAGGAGGAAGAUUAUCUGGACAAGAUCAACCCUAUCUACGACGCCCUGUCCUACUCCAGUCCCUCUGAUUCCUACCAGGGCAAAGGCUUUGUCAUGUCCCGGGCCAUGUAUGUGUGAGCUGCCACGGCUCUGCCCUCUCACUGCCUCUCACUUUUUAAUCCCUCAACUUUCUGCCAGGGAUGGUAGUGCCCACUGACCUCUGGCCAGGUCACUGUCAGUUAACACACCUGCACCUCAUCUGUGCCCCCCACCUUGGUGGCUCCACUAUGACCUCUAGUCCAGGAUCUCUGAUCCGGAAAAACUAGCAAAUUUGGUAACUUUAUCUCAUCUCUCUGAACCAAGGACUUAAGACUGUGACCUCCCCCCGCCCCAUUUCAGCACCUCCAAAAUCUCAAGACCCAAACCUAUGAUUUGUGCUUAGAGAGUAAACUUCAGUAACUGUGGGAUGGAUGCUGGGGGCACCCUGCUGCUCAGACCUGAGCCCUCCAGGCAGCAGAGCAACAUUCGCCCCCCCCCCCCAACCCUGUUGUCUGAAGGUGGGAAGGAGGGUAUUCCUCAGCCCAAGGCAGAGCUUCCCCAUCUGCUCCCUCCUGCGGGCAGGAGUCUCGGGGUACUGAGCCCCCACUACCCUAGUUCUUGUCUAUAGGGAAUUAAGCCCAGCCCAGGGGCAGAUGAGCUUCGUGCUGUGUAUGCCUUGAUGGUCCAGCCUCAGGAGAAGAAUUUGCUGUUACUUUGAAGACUACUGAGUCCUUUUACUCCUGUCCAGUAGGAUAGGACCCAAACAUCUCCCUGGGGGGGAAGUGGGUCACCUGGGUGGGGGUAGGGGGUGUGAUUAUUGUUUUGUAAUAUAGCCUUUCCUACAA